AUGUCCGCCACCAACCUCCCCAAUGGCGACUCUGCAGCCCACAGGUCCGAUGGCCUCGCCAAGGUGAACAGCAAUAGCAACAGCGGUAGUGGCCCGUCGGUCCACGAUGCCAGCUCACUCGAAGAUGUGCGCGCCUCUCUGGCCGCACUGCAUACCCGCGAAGCCGCCAUCACUUCUCGAUUGAAGAACUUGCUAUCUUUCCAAGCGGAUCUUUCCCGCGAGCUCAGUAGACUCGACAUACUGCGAGCCAAUCUCGGAUCCCAAGUGAUAGCUACCCGCUCGAUAUCAAAUGGCAUGCUGUCGAGCGCCGCCGAUACCGCAGGAAGACUCUCGAAUAGAGUCAAGGAGCUCGAUCUAGAGAAGGACCGAGUACAGCAGACGUUGCAAGUCGUCGAACAGGUUGCAGAACUCAAGGCAUGCGUCCAUGGUGUUGUGGGCUCCAUGGGAGCACCUCAGGACUGGGAGGCUGCGGCAGGCUACAUUGCACGAGCAUCCAAGGUGCCAGAGGCUAUCAUCCGUGGCGGCUUUGCUGCCAGCAUCGUACCCAGUGUCGAGGUUCCUGAUGCGCCGUGGGUAACGCUCGAGAAUGCCAAGGAGAGUCUUUGUGGAUUGUUCUUGAGAGAAUUCGAAAAGGCGGCCAAGGAGGGGGAUGGGACCAAGGUCACCCGCUUCUUCAAACUAUUUCCAUUGAUUGGAAGAGGCGAUACGGGAUUGGACGUCUAUGGGCGAUAUGUCUGCCAAGGAGUUGCUGGCACGGCCCGGCAGACGCUCAAAGAGGUUCCCGGAGGUCAGGGCCGGAAAGACGGAUUUUUCUACGCCAAUGCACUCACCAAAUUAUUCGAACAUAUUGCACAGAUCGUCGAGGGUCAUGGCGGCUUGGUCGAAAGACAUUACGGUGCAGGACAAAUGGUGAAAGUGAUUGAAAGAUUACAGAUGGAGGCAGAUGUGCAGGGUGGCAUUAUACUCGAUUCCUGGAGCGAUGAGAGGGGCGUGGACAGGAGACUCACUGAUGUCAAGAGUUACCCGUUCUCCUUUUUGGUUCAGACUUUCGUGCCGUCGUCUAAAGGCCUGGCUGGCACACCCAGGAUGAACUCACCAGCAUUGGGUGGUGGAAAUAACAGAACAAGCGAGGACGAAGGCGUCGACAUGAAAGAGGUCGACGAGCUGCUCCGGGAAAUUGCUGUCAUGCUGGGCAGAUGGGCAUUAUACUCAAGAUUCCUUGCAGGAAAAUGCCGAAAUCCCGCCAUGGCUGAAGAUACCGAACUAUCACUUCCCGAUCUUUUGACCAACUCAAACUUGGGCAAGAAGGUCUCCGCCAAGCUGAGCACACCAUAUUCAGUCAUGUCGACCUUCUUUUUCAGGAGAUCGGUCGAAAAGGCAUUCCAGCUCGACGAAUCGCCAUCAGGUCUUUCGCUCAGUCAAAGCAAGCCCAUUGAUGGCAACCCACCCUACAUUAUAUCAGCCGUCGACGAUGUCAUGUACAUAGUGAGUGCUGUCAUCGAAAGAUGUAUUGCCACCUCACAGCGGGAUGUCGUUACUUCAGUCAUCCCGACAGUGAGCAGAGUGCUCAGCGCCGAUUUCAUUGGCGUUAUUCAGAGAAGGAUGCAACACGAUUGCUACCCCCAAGCAGCCAUACAAGGAGCCCCGCCCCCAGAGGACAAGAUCGUUGCAUUCAUAGUGCUCAUCAACAGUCUCGAUGUAGCGAUCGAGUAUCUUGAUCGAAUUAUCACAUCGCGUCUUGGCAUAUCGACGGACUCUGGAAGCACAGCUGGCUCUAAUCCAUUGGCUGCCUCUUUCCCAUUUGAACACGAUGCCGAUGCAAUCGUCUCUUCGUUGAAGGGGCUCAACUCGAGUAUCUCACUCAAAGCAUCCGAACUCCUCAAUGAAGGAGUGGCACACCUUUUCUCAAACGUCAUGGACAAGCGUCUAAAGUUGGUCACCCAGGAGACCUUCCGUGACGCAGAUUAUAGUCUCACAGAAGACGAGCUGGCCGAGAUAGCGCGACAAAAUGACGAAGACGAGGAGGACAUGCUUGACCAUGUGCAACGGCAAUUUGAGCGCCGAUGGCUGGCACUUGUCAAGCCUAUUGAACGCAUCAUGGCACCGAGACCAUUCGCCACGCUUAUGAACAGGAUGGCAAAGGAGCUUGCUACCAUUUUGGAAAGGAGAGUAUGGCGAUAUGCCGGAAAGGCAAACGCCUAUGGUGCCAUUAGAAUGGAGAGAGACUUCACAGGUAUUAUCAGCAUUGUAGCCAAGGGUAAUUACAGCGUGCGGGACCUGUUCAACAGGGUCAGCCAGAUUUUGAUGGUUGUUAAUAUAGAAGAUGAUGAGUGGGAAGAGUUGAUGGCGGAAGGCGAUGACGGCAUCGAAUGGGUGCUGAGCGAGGACGAGAGAAGAAAGGCCAGGAAUCUCGUCAAGGGCUGA